AUGAAUGUUACGAGACAGUUGCGGUGCAACAGCAGAUCUUCGUCGUUUGUUCGGUUUUACAGGAAGCGAAUAAAGCCAUCUACGAGUCAUAUACCACAGGUUAAAACGCAUCAAAAUGAUCUUUUCAGACCCCAGGAAUUGAAGAUGCAAGCUGAAUCACCAGAAAUGAUAGAAAAAGAGUUAAAGAAACUUGGUUUCAAAAGUUUGGAUGAAAACGGGUCUUCUGAACAACUGUUUUUGGACUACGUAAACUCGUCAUCGUCUGCAUUCAAAAAAUCACAAUCUGAACUCAACAAGUUGGGAAAGAAUGCUAUGAAAAGUUUCGAUGCUCAAACUGGUAAUGUUAACCGAAUGGAGGUGCUGUUUGACUUCAUUUUGGAGGAGUCAGAAUGUGAGAUCGAACGACUGCAGAAAAUGGGACCAGUUCAGAUGCGGAGACUGCAAGAAAAACAUCAUGCCAAUCAAAAAGGACUCAAUGGCGAUAGGAACAGUAUAAGGUCUGAGAAAGAGCUGGAAAGAGCGGUUUUCCAGGAUCUGGAAAUCUCUAACUCGGAAGACUCGGCGUCCUUUCUACCAAGCACUGAACGCAUGUACAGGGUUUUAUCAGAUCUUAACAUGAAAAGACUGGCCUCUGCAGGUAUCAUAAAUACCGAGCAAAUGGUCCGUGCCUUCGAGAUAUCCAAAACAAUACCGCUUCGAGACAUUAGACUGAGAGGAAUAUUACUUGCUGGUCAUUUGAUUUACUCUCUCGAUAAAGUGCGCAUGGAUCCUGUGAACGAAUCAUUCUAUAUUGAGGCGCUAGUAUACUACGGGUUUUACAAAAAAGCAUUGGAACUUUUCAAUUCUAAUCGUCAAAAGGUUAACCAGCGUUGGUGGUACGAAAUGGGUAUGAUGGUAUGCUUACGAGCUAAUCAUCUUGCUCAGUUUGACAAGCUGUUAAGUUAUACCUUAAACACCUUCGAUUCGAAUUAUGUUGCCCCUAGGAUUCUACGAACUGCGAUACGCAAGAAACUUUACGUGCGAGACUUUAGGGGGUCUGACAAACUGACGGACGUGUUCACAAACAUUACAAAAAAUUAUGGAUGGAAGACCUCAAGAUCGGAAAUUUCUGAUAUGAAUAAGAACGUCUUUUUCACUGAUGAAGAUCAGGCGGAUAGCUAUUUGAAUAAGAAGGAACUGCCCACUGAAUUGGAUUAUGUGGCGCUAAUCCAAUACCAUCUGUACAGAAAACGCAAAGAAAACGGGCUCAAACUCUUGUUGAACUUAGCUGCACUACCGCUCAUGGACAAUGAAUUAUUGACGAAUGUCGUGCUGAGAUUAAAAUUUCAUUUGCUGGAGAAUUUUGAUAUUCUCAGAAAAGACCUUGAACCACUUCUUAUCAGCGGAACCGCUGAUGCUCUAUCCCAUUUACAAACAGCAUUUCAUCGAGCGCAAAAUAUCAGUGGAAUUGAUAGACUAUCAUCCCACUAUAGGCACAUUUUAUUCGACAGCAUCACAACAAUUGCGUCCUAUCCUUCUUUGAUUAGGAAUGCUGAGGACUUUGCAGGUGAACUGUUGAAAGGAGAGAACAUAUCUGAUCAAAACACUUCGAGGCGAGAGUAUUCACUGAGGAUACAUGGUGUUUUAAAAACGCUCCUCAAGGAUGAUAAGGAAGAUUUGGCGUGGGAACUUCUAGAGAAAGUUGAGAAAGAUCUUGCAAGUGAGAAAGCUGCUAGCGUUGGUGGCUUGUCAGCAAAUGCCCAUCAUUAUGCCGUUUUCAUCGACUAUUACAGUACAAAAGCACACAAGACUAGAGCAGACAAGGAUAUCAUCAGAUAUGAAAAGAAAAUUGAGGAAGUUGUGGCGAGAAUGAAUGAAAAAGACGUUCAAUACAACUCGAUGCUUCUCUCAUCUCUUUUGCAGCAUUAUAGAAAGACAGGAAACCUUGAUAAUUGCUUCAGCAUCAUAAAUGCAAUCUUUGAUCAUAGAGCCAAUCCCGAGACUGGACAUCAUUUUAAACAUCUUCUGUCAUUUUUCAAAAGGCGGGAGAUUACCAAGUCUCUGUACCUAGAGAUCUGGAAGUGUUUUGCAAUGUACUACUCGUGCUUCGAAAAUGGCUUAGGUGUCACAGAGAUUCGGUCCAAUCACGGCGCUUGGAAGCGCAAUAUCUUGAAAGAGAGAUCAAAAGUUAAUAAGCAUCCUAUUUGUGACCUAAGGUAUCUUUUUAAGUCCAUGGUACAGACGGAUAAUAUUUUACCUGAUGCCACUUUUUACCAGCUCAUUAUCAAGGCCUUUGCCCGUGUACGCGACUGGUCAUAUUUACCAGCUCUCCUGAAGCAUAUGAGUGAAGUCAGCGGCAUCAAUCCUGACAGUAAAUUAAUAAGAUUCUUGAAUGGUGGUCUUCGCUUGGAGUAUAUUGCGAUUGAGCGUGAAAAGCUGAUGGCAAAUGAAGUAAGGGACCGAAAGAGUCUUUGCUCUUUAGUCAAUACUGCUCGAAGAUCUGUGGAAAAUCAGAUUAAGGCUGGAUCAAUUCUGCGAGAAUCAGAUGAAAAGGACGCACAUCAAAUUGUUGUUAAUAUUUUGGACUUCUUGGAACACCAUCGUGGUGAAGAACUAGCACAAGUAAGCGCAGCACUGGAAGAGCUAGAUCUCAGUUGA